UCGACUGACUCUCUUGACACUUGGCUCUUGCCUCUCGAUCUGAAUCUGAAGCCGUGUAGGAAAUCUCGAAACUGAAUCAGAAACAGAAACUGAAACCGAACGGUGGGGAGAUUCAUUCAGUCUCGAGUGUGAUACUGGCCAGCGUGAACGUGUUUACUUGGGCUUCAAUUGCGAAAAGCAACUUUUUACGAUUAUGGCCAUUAUAUGGCGGCUUCCCUGGACGGAGUUGCUGUCUCUGGUUGUCGGUGUCUGGCUGUGUCUGUCAUUGGAACCAAAUGCCGGGGCUCGAUUGCCCAACGAUCGCCUUGUCUUUCCCUCGGAAUCCCAGCCGGAACUCGAGUCUCGUCUCCAGGAAUUCGAUCGACAAAUGGCGGAGGUGACACGCCUAACGAAUGUCAGUCUUCUGAUGAUGCCCAAGGAAGCCGAAAAGGGCAUGCCGAGAAUUAUCAGUACCAGUGGCAGUACAGGAAAUGAAAAUCCACCAUUAAACACAACCGGAAAAGGAAAAGAAGAGGUCAAGCAGGAGGGUAAUCCACUACCACGAGAAACCAAACCAUCCUGCAGUGAAUCAAAGGUAAUAACCUUUGCCAGUGAUCCGGAGUCAAAUAGCCUGCGUCCUUGGGAUGAAACAGAGGUACCCACAACCGUCAAGAUCAAGGUGGUGCUGGAACCGAGGAUCACACUGGAAACAACACGAAUUUGUCCCGAAGGCUUCACCUUGAGUAACGUCCAUUGUCGCAAGAUGCCUAGCAGCCUAGCAGAGACUUUUAAUAAAGAUAAUUUACUAAAUAAAUAAAUUAAUGUUAUAAAUUAUGAUAUUGCUUAGAAAGUUCUACUGAAAUUCGGCUUAAACAUUAUAAGAAAGUUUGUGUAUUUAAAUUUAAUUUCAUCAUUAUUAGAAAUGUCUUUAAG